AUGGAUAUGGAAAAGAAGUCUUCUGAGAAGUCAAGACCGGAAGUCGACCAGGCCACGGGCGACGUGGGCGAAGUCUUGAAUGCUUCGGGUCACAAGCAGGAACUGGAGCGCAAUUUCAGCCUGUUGAGCAUCUGCGCAAUUGGUAUCACGACGGGAAAUGUUUGGGCGGCGUUGGGAGGAUCUAUUGUCAUCGCGCUCUACAAUGGCGGCCCGGCAGGUGUCAUUUACGAAUUCAUUGCUGUCGCAUGUUGUUACUUCAUGAUAGCGGCUUGUAUUGCCGAGAUGGCUUCUGCUAUCCCUUCGUCGUCGGGUGUUUACCACUGGGCUAGCGUGACAGCAGGAGCGCGGUUUGGUAAAGUCAUCGGCUUUUACGCAGGAUGGUGGAACGCUCUGGGUUGGAUCUUCGGGACUGCGUCAAUAUCCUCCAUCCUCGCCAACCAGGUCAUCUCCAUGUACGGCCUCUUUCACCCUGGCUAUGCCUUCGAACGCUGGCACGUUUUCAUCGUCUACCUCAUUAUCACUUGGAUUGCCUGCUUUAUUGUCAUGUUUGCCAACCGCGCCUUACCCAAACUCACAAACAUUGGUCUGUUCUUUAUCCUAAUGGGCGUCUUCAUCACCAUCAUGGUAUGCGCCAUCAUGCCUAGCAGAAGCGGCAAGGGAUAUGCAAGCAAUGAGUUUGUGUGGCGCGACUGGCAGAAUCAGGCAGGUUGGAGUAGCGACGGCUUUGUGUUUUGCGCUGGCAUGCUGAACGGAGCUUUCGCUGUGGGGACGCCCGACUGCGUCUCUCAUCUCGCGGAGGAACUCCCCCGUCCCCGAACCAACAUCCCCAAAGCCAUCCUCGCCCAAUACACCGUCGGCUUCAUAACCGCCUUCCUCUACCUCAUAACAAUCUUCUACUCUGUAAACGACCUCGACUCCCUCUUCACAAACCCUUGGCCCUUCCCCCUCGCCGAACUCUACCGCCAGGCUACAAACUCCCACGGCGGCUCCCUUGGCCUCUUACUCGUAAUCUUCAUCCCAACAUUCUGCACAAACAUCGGUUGCUACAUAACCUCCGGCCGCAUGCUAUGGACCCUAGGCCGAGACGACGCAACUCCAUUCCCCCGCUGGGUCGGUAAAAUCGACAAGAAGUGGGAAAACCCGUUCAACGCGACCUUGGCGUGUGGUGUCAUCAACACGAUCCUAGGUUGUAUCUACAUCGGUUCGUCAACCGCCUUCUCCGCCUUUGUCGGCUCCUUCAUCGUGCUGUCGUCAAUGUCGUACCUCGCGUUCAUCCUGCCCAACAUCUUGACUCGCCGCCGUCACGUCAUCAAAGGUCCUUUUACCAUGCCUAACCCGGUGUUUUACACGGUGGCCAGCGUAGCGUGUGGGUACAUGGUUGUAUGGAUACCGAUCUACUGUUUCCCAUUUGCGGUGCCGUUUGAUACUACGACGAUGAAUUAUACGAGUGCGCUUGUGGGGGGCGUGACGAUCUUAUUAGGAGGUUGGUAUGUUUGGAUUAGGAAUCGGGGAUAUGUUGGUCCAAGACGGCUGGUGGAGACUCUGGGGAAUGGGGAGACGACUAUUGCGGGGACUGAGGGGAGCAUUUCUGGGGAGAAGGUCUGA